AUGGGGAAGGAUGGAGGAUUCUGGUGUUCGGAUCCCGACGGCUGGGGCCCUCUGGGCCCUUUCGGAAGUUAUCUCACAACUUGCUUCAUCGAAUCGGUGAUAGAUGGGGUUAAUUUUGGAAUGAUCAUUCUCGGGCUUUAUGAGUUAUAUUCCAUGUCGAAGACAAGCUCGUUGCCUGUGAGGAGGAACUGGAAUUAUUGGUUUAAGCUGAUUCUUGUUGGUCUUCUUUUUCUCUCGACGAUUGCCCAGGCCGCCCUUACAAUUGAAUAUGUUGAGGGUUGGGCUGUAGAUAUCAGUUUCUAUACUUCCCUCCUCAGUCUUGCUGCAAUCGCCAUCGCUUUCGCGAUCCACCACUUCGAACAUUUCAGAAAACCAGUUUCAAGCGGCGUCCUACUCUUCUUUUGGCUAUUUUACAUCCUUCUUUAUGGCGUACGGAUGCAAAACUACAUCGAAACCCGCGAAUAUGAAACACACCUCCCUCUUUUCAUUGUCUUUGGGGUUUCCUUUGGUCUUAUCGCGAUAGUAUUCCUCCUUGAGUGGCUAGGACCGAAGCCCAAGUCACCAUACGAGGCGAUCAUGGACGAUGAACUCAACUGCCCGAUCGCGGAAUCAAAUAUCUUCACAAUCCUGACCUUUGGGUGGAUGACGCCUCUGAUGCAAAAGGGUUACAAAAAUUACCUGGAGGCUAAAGACCUCUGGGACAUGCGAAAGGAGGAUUCUGCUAAAACAAACGGAUACAUCCUUGUGGACUCGUGGGAGAAAGAACUCUUGAAAAAGAAGCCUUCUCUCUGGUUAGCAAUGGCUCGGGGAUAUGGGUUUCCCUUUGGCUUCGCCGGUCUUUUCAAAAUCGUCCAUGAUAUCCUUGCUUUCGUGCAGCCCCAACUCCUCCGGCUUCUCAUAAGCUUCAUACAAUCCUACGAGACCAAGGAUCCACAGCGUGUGACUCGUGGCCUAUUAAUCGGGUUCGCCAUGUUCCUAGCUUCCGUAAUGCAAACUACAGCAUUGCAUCAAUACUUCCAGCGUACCUUCGAAAUCGGUAUGCGAGUACGUGCUGGUCUUUCGUCCCAAAUUUACCAAAAAUCCCUACGCCUCUCAAAUGAGGGUCGAGCAGCACGUACCACUGGCGAGAUUGUCAAUCUUAUGGCGGUGGAUACGUCCCGUCUAGAGUUUUUGGCACAAUAUGGACAGAACAUCUGGUCAUCUCCCUUCCAGAUCAUAGUCUGUAUGAUCUCCCUCUAUGAUCUCGUCGGGUAUAGCAUGUUUGCCGGUAUUGCAGUAAUGGUCAUUAUGGUACCCGUGAAUUGGCUAAUUGCCCGACUUAUGAAGAAAUUCCAAGUCGCACAAAUGAAGAACAAGGACUCAAGAACUCGCCUUGUUGCAGAAAUCGUCAACAAUAUGAAGAGUAUCAAGCUUUAUGCCUGGGGGGCAGCUUUCAUGGCGCGGCUCACGGAUAUUCGAAACAAGGAGCUUGGGACUCUUCGAAAGAUGGGUGUCACUCAAGCCUUUGCUAAUUUUACGUGGAAUACUUCGCCAUUCUUAGUUUCAUGCGUGACUUUCACAACGUUUGCAUUAACUAGCAAUAAGCCAUUGACCACCGAGAUUGUGUUCCCGGCCUUGACCCUUUUCAACUUGUUAACAUUCCCUUUGGCAAUGUUGCCAAUGGUCAUUUCCAUGAUCGUCGAAGCUACGGUGGCGGUCGAUCGCUUGUCCUCCUUCCUCACGGCUGAGGAAGUGCAACCGGACGCAGUGACAAGAGAGCCACCGGCAACCCACCAGGGAGAUGUCACUGUCAAAAUUGUAAACGGGCGGUUUACAUGGAACAGAGACUGGACAGACGAUAAAGAUGCCCUCAAGAAUAUUGAUUUUGUGGCGAAGAAAGGGGAGCUCUCUUGCAUCGUUGGGCGAGUUGGGCAGGGAAAGUCUUCGCUUCUCUCAGCAAUUCUCGGCGACCUUUGGAAGAAGAAUGGAACUGUUAUGGUCAGGGGCGGUGUGGCUUAUGUAGCGCAGCAGUCUUGGGUUAUGAAUGGUACAAUCAAAGACAACAUUUUGUUUGGCCACAAAUGGGAUGAGGAUUUCUAUCUUCAAGUUAUCAAGGCUUGCGCUCUUGUCGAUGACCUUGCCGUCCUGCCCGCUGGUGACAGAACAGAGGUUGGCGAAAAGGGUAUUUCUCUAUCUGGUGGCCAAAAGGCGCGGUUGACACUUGCACGAGCAGUUUAUGCACGAGCAGACGUCUACCUCCUCGAUGACUGCCUAUCAGCAGUCGAUCAACAUGUCGGACGUCAUCUCAUCAAUGAAGUGCUCGGACCCAACGGCCUACUUUGUACCAAGACCCGUGUUAUGGCAACGAACCAAAUCCCGAUCCUCAUGGUCGCUGAUUACAUUACCAUGUUAAAAGAUGGUGAAGUCGAUGAACACGGCACGUACCAAGGUGUUAUGACCGCCAAAAGGGAUAUUUACAACCUUCUCAAGACAAUUCGGGAAAAUACAGACGAAAACUCUAAUAGCGACGAAACUCUCACGCCGGUGAAUACUGACACUUCUGCAAACGCUUCUGACGACGAAGAACAACUCGACAAGGUCGGCGGAUUACCCGCUACUGGACCUAGUAACGUUCAGAAAAAGAAGAGUCGCACGUUUAGUUCUGGAACUCUACGCCGCGCUAGUGUUGCUAGCCAUAGGAAACGUCGCAUUAUCAACGAUGAUGAUGGCGAAGACAACAAGAACAAGGAACAUCAAGAAAAGGGUAAAGUUAGCUGGGAUGUCUACAAAGAAUAUGCGCGAGCAUCCAAUUGGCUUGCUUUCUCGAUCUAUGUGAUUGCAUUGAUCGGAGCAUUGGUAGGGCAGUUGGGAAGCAGUGUCUGGUUGAAGAAGUGGUCAGAAUACAAUGACAAGCACCAAACAAAUGAAAACGUUGGGAUGUGGGUUGGGUUUUACUUUGCAAUCGGCUUUGGGGCCUCCGCUUUAGUAGCUAUUCAAACGUUGAUAUUGUGGAUAUUCUGCUCUAUCGAGGCGGCACGGAAACUGCAUCAGCGUAUGGCAACAGCCAUUUUCCGUAGUCCAAUGUCCUUCUUCGAAACUACGCCGACAGGACGGAUCCUUAACCGCUUCUCUGGUGAUGUUUACAAGGUCGAUGAACUACUAGCUCGUACCUUCAACCAGCUAUUCUCGAACGCCGCACGCUGCGCAUUUACUUUUCUCCUCAUCUCCUGGGGCACUCCAGCCUUCAUUGCACUGAUUGUCCCGCUUUUGAUGCUCUAUUUCUACAUUCAACGAUAUUAUCUAAGCACCUCGCGAGAAUUGAAGAGAUUGGAUUCUACAUCCAGAAGCCCUAUUUUCGCACACUUUCAAGAGUCCCUUGGAGGCCUUGCAACGAUUAGAGCCUAUCAACAACAGGAUAGAUUCUGGCAUGAGAACGAGAUGCUCGUCGAUGGGAAUCUAAGAGCCUAUUUCCCAUCUAUUAGCGCCAACCGUUGGCUAGCCGUUAGACUGGAAUUUAUUGGGUCUGUUAUCAUUCUCGGGGCUGCGAUCCUUGCAGUCGCCGCCGUCGCCAGCGGGUCCGAAUUGAGCGCCGGUAUGGUCGGUUUGUCCAUGAGUUAUGCUCUUCAAAUUACGCAGAGCUUGAACUGGGUUGUUAGACAAACGGUGGAGGUGGAGACAAACAUCGUCAGCGUUGAGAGAAUCCUCGAGUAUGCGAGACUUAAACCUGAAGCUGAAGAGGUGGUCAAGCGAAACCGACCCUCCGUAAAUUGGCCUCCGAGAGGUGGUGUGCAAUUCAAGAACUUCUCAACAAGAUACAGGGAGGGACUGGAAUUAGUGCUUAAAGAUAUCAAUCUCGAUAUUAAACCCAAGGAGAAGAUUGGAGUUGUUGGACGAACAGGUGCGGGCAAGUCAUCGCUUACGCUCGCAUUGUUCAGGAUUAUCGAAGCGGUUCAAGGACACAUUGAAAUUGACGAUGUAGAUACCUCUCUCAUCGGGCUUCUUGAUUUGAGGAAACGGUUAGCAAUUAUUCCGCAAGAUGCAGCCUUGUUCGAUAUGAGUGUGCGUGAAAACUUGGAUCCAGCUGGGGCGAGGGACGAUACAGAGCUCUGGGGGGUGUUGGAACUGUCGCACUUGAAGGAGCACGUUAGCAAGAUGGAAGGCAAGUUAGAUGCAAAGAUCAACGAGGGAGGAACGAAUUUGAGUGCGGGUCAGAGACAGUUGAUGUGUCUUGCUCGGGCACUGUUGACACCGUCAAAUAUAUUGGUGUUGGAUGAAGCCACCGCUGCCGUUGAUGUGGAGACUGAUGCAGUCCUUCAAAAAACCAUUCGAGAGGAGUUCCGUGAUAAGACAAUGAUUACAAUUGCGCAUCGGAUAAAUACUAUCCUAGAUAGCGACCGCAUCAUCGUUCUCGACGCCGGUCGUGUAGCAGAAUUUGAUACACCAGCAGCACUUUUAGCAAAGGGAACUGAUAGCCUUUUCCACGGACUCGUAAAGGAAGCUGGAUUGUUGGAAGAAAAUAUUGCAGCUGCGAACGCAACUGCUGCUGCCACCGGAACAACUGCAACGACGGCAGGUGUAGAUGGCAAGCCGACGACCGCUGCCUCGAAAGAUUGA